AUGCUGAUUGGUCUUGGAGCUGGAGGGCUGUACGGGGCCACCGGUCUUGGCCUUGGGAUCAACCCAUUCGCCACCGCUCUUCCGAUUCCCACUCCUGACCUAUGCGUCCCGACCACGGAGGAUUUGAUUGGACUUCAUUGUUGUCCACCACCGUCUACUGAAAUCAUCAAAUUCAAGCUACCAGACAAAGUCACAAAUUCACUCCGCACCAGGCCAACGGCACAUAAAGUCGAUGAAAUAUUUAAAAAACUACAGAACGGCCAUCGACCGGAUGAAGAACCUCCCCGAGGACGACCCACCUGUGAUAAAAAUGGCAAGGAGAAAGUUCACUGCAAUGAAAUACAAGUUCACUCCUCGUGGCUCUUCUACCCCUUCCACCGCUGGUACCUCUACUUUUACGAGAGAAUCCUUGCCAAGCUCAUUGAGGAGAUCGGUCCAAAUUUUCCUUUGCCUUUCUGGAACUGGGACGGUAAAGAUGGCAUGUACUUGCCUUCCAUUUUCGAGGACGACCGCAGUAGACCACUACCGAAACGCCAAUCACCGGAAGCCGGGAUUUGUGUUGCACCGGCGCAAGAAAGAGAUGGAGGGCAUCACUAUGAGCUCACGAACCUUGAUGUCACUCAAAACCAGUACAUCAAUGAGAUUUGCACUGGCAGGUUCACUCAGUUGAAGAGCAACCUCCACAAGCAUUAUGAGAAAUAUGACAAUCCGAAGGUCGCUCUAGCAGUUGGGUGCCCUAAAGAGUUGGUGGACCGCCGAGAUGAAUGGGAAAAAAAGAGAAGACAAACUCGAUCAAUCGAACGAAGAAGAAACUUCUUCACCGCUUCGGCUUACGACGCUUGUCUUAUAGGGGGUCAAGGUUUCGUAAGAUUGAAGGAGGUAUACGUUCGGUCCAGGAAUGAGCUGGCAGAGCAGCUUCAUUCCACCAUGGUGGAGAAGGGCCAGACCAUUCUGGAGGAGGUGGCUUCCCAGCUUUCCCCAAAGACCCCAAUCGAGGAGGUGUUUCCCCCUGAGGAUGCGGGUUUUCAGAUCAUGACGGACACACUCGAUUAG